AUGUAUUCACUUCUCAAUGAAACAAGAAACUGUCAAGUGUGCAAGAAAUCAUUUCCAAAUGGGAGAGCUUUAGGAGGCCACAUGAGGUCCCACACUCGGAAAAUUUCGGCAUCAAACGCAGAAUCAGCAACUGGCUCGACCGUCCCAACAUUGAAGACACUCACCAAACUUGCAGCAAACAUCAGACCUAAUGAAACAGUUUUGAUGAGAUCUGUCCACACAAGUGAAGUUGGUCCGGAACCAGAUCUAAAGAGAGGAGAAGGUGGACAACAAAUAAAAGGCAAGAGAAAGUUCGUCGUGGAUGUAGAUGAGUGUCCGAGUUCUUUAACAGCUGUUGAAGAAUGUGCUUUGUGUCUUGUAGCCAUGUCUAAGGGACAGAGACCAGAAAAUUCUCAGAAUUGGAAUGCUAUUGACCGCUUGCUAGCAACUCCAAAUGAAAAAGAAGAAUAUACUCGAAAGUCUAUCGAUAUAGAUUCUGAUGAUGAUGACAGAGAAGACAAAGAUAAAUAUGUUGCUUCAAAUGUGAGAGUCUUAACAGAAGACAUCGAUGAGAAUGAAGAUGAGGAUGACGAGGAUGAAACAUAUUUAGUUGAGAAGGAGAAUCAGUGUAAGAAAAAAUUUACGUGUGAUAUAUGUGGAAAAGUUUUGCAUUCGUAUCAGGCAUUAGGUGGUCAUCGAACGAGUCACAGGACCAAACGGUUGAAGAUUUGUGACAAGAAUGGUCAAGCCAUGGUUCGACAUUACAAAUGUGAAAUAUGUGGCAGAGUGUUUGGAUCCGGUCAAGCACUUGGUGGUCACAAGAAGGUUCAUUAUGUGUUUCUAUAA